CUGCAGGGCGCCAAGGCCACUACUUAGACAGCUCAUCUGCGAUGUCUGUCCACGAGGCUUUCUGAGUAUACACACGGGAGACGACUGCAUGUUGCACGCGCCGUCCCUGAAAUUCAUCGAUGGUCAUCAAUCGCAGCAUCUUCUGCAAUGCUGCAAAUGCGUUCAGACCAGCCGUUGCGCUGAACAAUGUUUUCCUCCAGCUAUCCUUUCAACGAUUGAUCGCAUCUCAAGCCGGCCGCCGCGAAGCUGAGCCAGAGCUCGACGUCGCACAGCCAGAACAGCGUUCGGACCCGCUCGAUCAUCCCCGUUUGCAGGCCAGCAGUGCUCUCCCAAAUGCGGAUGCACAGGAGCAGAAAGAGCGGGCGAUUGCUUCAGAAGACGGGAGCGGGAAUAUCAACAAGGCGAUAAAGCAGAGUGCGAAUAUUCAAGCAACUGCGGAAAAUUUUCGAAGCAAGAAGGCCACCUUCAUCACGAAGAAGAAGUUGGCGGUCAAAGAGAAGGAAGUGCUUGAGUAUGAAGGCAGAUACGUGCAACCUGUAGUUACGUACGCAUUGCCCGUCUCUCGCCAGCCAUGGAUAAGGCGACUGGAAGGCAAGAAGGUCGGAUCCAAACUCAACCGUAUCGGCGCUGAAGUGAAGUCAUUCGCGGACUGGAUUCGCCCAACAGAGGCGGAAGCAGCUGCGCGUGAGGCAGUCAUUGCUGAAACAAUGACCAUCGUACGCAAAAGGCUCCCACAGUUCGAUGUGGAAGUAUUUGGCUCUUCGCGCAACGGACUCGCGCUCGCAACGUCCGAUAUCGACUUGCGCAUCUUUCGCAAAGACAAUGCAGACGAGCGUUCGAGCAGGACGCCGGAGAACUCCUCUCUUCCCCCACGUUGGAAGACGAGAAUGGCCAACAACAAUGCUCUGUCCAAACUCCAGGAGUCCUUUCUGAGACACCCAGAUUACCUUUUUUCCAACAUUCGCCACGCACGUUACCCGCUAUUGCAUAUGCAACACAAACCGUCCGGUUACGACGUGCAGAUAGUAUGCGCGAAUGACACGUCCAAGCAGCGGGCAUUGAUACAAAACUACCUCGAAAAGAAGCCGCAUCUGUUCGACCUUUACGCCGUACUGAAGGCCACGUUGGACCUCAGAGGCCUGAGUGAUGUUUUCAGAGGGGGUCUAGGCUCGUAUAAUAUCCUGAUCAUGAUCCUCGCUGCACUUGAUCUAUACAAGCCAACCAAAAUGACCGACCACACCCAAUUAUCCGAGAUGCAUAAACUGGGUUUCGAUCUCUUAUUUGUCCUCAAAUUUUACGGGACAAUCCUGGAUACGUAUAAGUAUGCCGUGUCUGCCAAUCCGUUCGAAAUAACUCCAAAACUCGACCCGGCAGACGUUCCAGACUCACUAGCGUUUGCACAGGAUCCUUCUUCCUCACUUCGCAUCCUCGACCAUUCCCAACCCUACCUCCUAUGUCUCGAAGACCCCGUAGAUUCGGGCAACGACCUGGGCCGCAAGGCUUACGGCUGGAAACACAUCCAGAAAACCUUGCAGCAACUAUACGAAGGCUUGUCACGCCGACAGCAUCCAUAUGAUGACCAGAAGAGACUUACAUCAUAUAUUACUGAACUCGUUGGUUCAGCACUCCCUAGUUAUAAUGCUAGACGGGCUAAAGCGGAGCAAUAUGGCUUGGAAGUCAUUAACAAGCCAUCGGAGAAUCAAGAGCGAAUCCGUCAAUCAAUGAAAUCGAUGUUCCGCGGGAUCUUUGUGGCGCGAUCGAAGAUGCUCAACAAGCAAAAAGGCUCUCAGAGCAAGUCACCGAGAGAAGAGACAGCUGCGGAGGCUGCAGACAGUGACACACGUGUGGUUGAUAAAUCGUGACCGGAGGCUGCCGCAGAUGUUGACAUCAUAUUGCAGAACAACGAUUUGCAGAGCCUUGAAGAGAGUCAGCCGGAAAAAUGAGAGACCGACCAUUCAAGAGCAAAACAACUCUUUUGAGAACAGAAAGUCCGGUGCUUCAGCAUGAGGUGCUGGUGUGUAUUAAUGAUGUAUAUCAUAAUAACAGUUAACCACCCCUAAUGCAUUUGACUCUAGGGUAUCAUCUAUUUGGAUAAAUGCUCAUUACGUUCAAUGCAAGUCCACC